AGGGAGGAGGAGCAGCUAAAUGCACUUGUCAGCUGUGUCUAAGAAGCAGAGCCCCAUCUGGAUGCAGUACUCUAGAAGAGGAGGGUGAUCUCCUUCCACAGAAAUAAAGAAAAUCCCACCCCUGAGUCAUCAACUCUUCUCUGGGGGAGGAAGAGAAGAAGAUAGAGAUUGCUCAGCAUGACUAAAGAAGAAUAAAUAACCUACCCACAUAAUUAUGGAAGACAUUGACAUAGAAAUCGCUGGACAGGCACCAAAGUAUUCUUCUAAUGUGGAUGUAGAUGACAGGAGACACAAAGAAAAAGAAAGCAAACCAUCUGAAAUCGUUGGUCCAAUCACAAUUUUUCGAUAUGCAGAUGGGCUGGAUAUAACUCUUAUGGUAUUUGGAACAAUAGCAGCAGUACUGAAUGGAGUUUGCCUUCCUCUGAUGUCACUGGUUUUUGGUGAAAUGAGUGACGGUUUUGUGAGUGGUUGCAUAUCCCAGGAGAAUUUACCAAGUUCAUUGAGCUGCAAUCAGUCACAAGUGCCCUUUGAAGAACAAAUGACAGAGUUCGCUUUAUAUUAUGUCGGUAUUGGAACGACUGCCUUAGUGUUUGGCUACCUACAGAUUUCCUUUUGGGUUUUGGCAGCAGCAAGGCAAACAAAGAAAAUAAGAAAAACUUUCUUCCAUGCAAUUCUGGGACAGGAACUCAGCUGGUUUGAUAGCAGUAACAGUGGAGAGCUUAACACACGUCUGACUGAAGACAUUAAUAAAAUCAAUGAUGGCAUUGGAGACAAAGUCGCUCAGCUAUUUCAAAACAUGUCAACGUUCACAGUAGGCAUAGUGAUUGGCUUUCUGAAGGGAUGGAAACUUACACUUGUGAUCCUGUCCACAAGCCCCCUCGUAGUACUAUCAGCAGCAUUUUGUUCUAAGAUGAUCAUCACAUUAACCAGUAAGGAGUUAACAGCCUAUGCUAAAGCAGGUGCAGUAGCAGAAGAAGUCCUGUCAUCAGUGCGAACUGUUGUAGCCUUUGGAGGACAAGAGAAGGAAAUCAAUAGAUAUACAAGUAAUCUAGGAGAAGCAAAAAACCUUGGUAUAAAAAAAGCUAUUGCUUCUAAGCUGUCUGUUGGUUUUUUGUACCUAAUUAUAAAUGGAUGCUACGGGCUUGGGUUUUGGUAUGGAACUACCUUAAUUCUUGAUGAGAAUACUGGCUAUUCAGUUGGGACUGUCCUGGCUGUUUUCUUCUGCGUAACUUUUAGUAGUUAUUGCCUGGGCACAGCAGCACCACACUUUGAAACUUUCUCUAUUGCUAGAGGAGCUGCCUUUAAAGUUUUCAAGAUAAUUGAUCAGAAACCCACUAUAGAUAGUUUUUCUUCAGAUGGACACAAACUCGAUCACAUAAAGGGAGCACUUGAAUUUAAUAAUGUACAGUUCAGUUAUCCUUCAAGACCAGAUGUCCAGGUUUUGAAAGGUCUCACUCUGAAAAUUGACUGUGGACAAACGGUGGCAUUGGUUGGAAGCAGUGGAUGUGGUAAGAGCACAAUGGUCCAGCUGCUUCAGAGGUUUUAUGAUCCACAGGAAGGAGUGAUCACAGUGGAUGGACAUGACAUAAAGUCCCUUAAUCUGAGACAUUACCGAGAAUUCAUUGGUGUGGUCAGUCAGGAACCUGUUCUGUUUGGGACAACAAUUAGAAACAAUAUAAGAUAUGGUCGAGAGGAUGUAACUGAUGAAGAAAUUGAGAAUGCAGCAAAAGAAGCAAAUGCUUACGAUUUUAUCAUGGAGUUUCCUGAUAAAUUCAAUACCCUUGUAGGAGAAAGAGGAGCCCAGAUGAGUGGUGGCCAGAAGCAGAGAAUAGCCAUAGCUCGAGCUUUGGUGCGCAACCCUAAAAUUCUCUUGUUAGAUGAGGCCACAUCCGCCCUGGAUACAGAAAGUGAGUCAGUAGUCCAAGCUGCACUGGAAAAGGCCAGCAAAGGUCGAACCACUCUUGUAAUAGCUCAUCGGCUUUCCACCAUUCGGACUGCAAAUGUAAUAGUGGCCAUAGCUGAUGGUGCUGUGGCUGAAGUAGGAACACAUUCAGAGCUGAUGGAGAAAAGGGGGUUAUAUUAUUCACUUGCAACAGCACAGUCUAUUAAAACAGAAGACCAUGAAGAAUCAACAGACACUAUUACCUUAAAAGAUCAUGAAGAAGCGUUCCCCAUCAAUGGGUUGAUUUCGAACAGAGCAAGCAUAAAACAUGUUCCACAAAAAGAGGCUGAAGAAGAAGCUGCACCUGAAGAGGAACACCUUCCCAAAGUUUCUUUCCUCAAGCUUUUUAGAUUAAACAAGUCUGAGUGGCCUUUCAUUGCACUGGGGACACUAGCUGCUGUUAUUAGUGGAGCAUGUCACCCUAUCUUUUCCAUCAUAUUUGCUAAAAUUAUAACAAUCUUCUCAAUAAAAGAUGAUCCGGAGAGGAUCCGGCAUGAAGCUAACAUUUUCUCCAUCACAUUUGCUGUUAUAGGUGGUGUUUGCUUUAUCACUUGGUUUUUGCAGGGAUUCCUUUAUGGGAGGUCGGGAGAAAUCCUAACAAUGAGAUUAAGGCAUAUGGCAUUUAAAGCCAUGCUACGGCAGGAAAUCUCUUGGUUUGAUGAUAAGAAAAACAACACUGGAGCUCUGACAACAAGAUUAGCCACAGAGGCAGCACAAAUUCAAACAGCAACAGGAUCAAGGCUUGGUGUAAUAGCACAAAACAUCUCCAGCAUGGGAUUGUCUGUCAUCAUUUCUUUUAUAUAUGGGUGGGAGAUGACUCUGCUGAUCCUAGUGAUGGCGCCGGUGCUUGCUGUGACUGGGAUGCUGGAGACCAGUGCAUUGACCGGAUUUGCCAACCGAGAUAAAAAGGAAUUGCAACGAGCAGGAAAGGUAGCAACUGAAGCUGUGGAGAACAUUAGAACAGUUGCUUCAUUAACUAGAGAGAGUACUUUUGAACAAAUGUAUGAAGAAAACCUGCAGAAGCCAUACAGGAAUGCUCAGAAGAAAGCUCAGAUCUACGGUUCCUGUUAUGCAUUCAGCCAGGCUUUUAUGUAUUUCACCUAUGCGGCAAGCUUUCGAUUUGGGGCAUACUUAAUUACAGUUGGAAGAAUGACCCCAGAGGGUGUUUUCACAGUUUUUUCUGCAAUUACAUACGGUGCUAUGGCACUUGGCGAGACGUUAACCUUUGCACCUGAAUAUGCCAAAGCCAAAUCAGGGGCCGCACACUUGUUUGCUCUGUUUGAAAGGACACCAGCCAUUGAUAGCUACAGCCAAGAAGGAGAAAAACCAGCUACAUUCAGAGGAGGGUUAGAGUUCCGUGAAGUGUCUUUCACUUAUUCAUCUCGCCCAGAUGUUCCCAUCCUGCAAGGCUUGUCGCUUCAGAUUGAAAGAGGACAGACCGUGGCAUUUGUUGGCAGCAGUGGAUGUGGGAAAAGCACUUCAGUUCAGCUUUUACAAAGGUUCUAUGACCCUCUUACAGGGCAAGUGCUGUUUGAUGGCAUCAAUGCAAAAUAUUUGAAUAUCCAGUGGCUCCGCUCUCAAAUAGGAAUAGUCUCCCAAGAGCCAGUGCUUUUUGACUGCAGCAUAGCUGAGAAUAUUGCCUAUGGGGAUAACAGUCGGAAUGUACCAUUGGAUGAGAUACAAGAAGUAGCGAAAGCAGCAAAUAUUCAUUCUUUUAUAGAAGAACUUCCUGAGAAAUACAACACGCGGGUUGGAGAUAAAGGAACACAGCUCUCGGGUGGCCAGAAACAACGAAUAGCUAUUGCAAGGGCUCUUCUUCGGCAACCAAAAAUUUUGUUGUUAGAUGAGGCCACUUCUGCUCUUGAUAAUGAGAGUGAAAAGGUGGUGCAACAGGCCCUUGACCAGGCACGGAAAGGAAGGACCUGUAUUGUGAUUGCUCACAGGCUGUCCACAGUACAGAACGCAGAUGUCAUUGUUGUUAUUAACAAUGGAAAAAUAAUAGAACAAGGAACUCAUCAGCAACUAAUGGCAAAGCGUGAAGCCUAUUUUAAUUUAGUAAAUGCACAAACACAGCUCUAAAACAAGGAUAGCCCCUGAGGCCUUCUUUAGAAAUGAGCUGUCAGGAAAAAGUAGUUAGCAUCCAGAGGAUGUGAUCUGACCUUAUGCGCUUACCAGCAACUCUUCUUUGGACACACAGAUGCUCCGCAGGACCUGGAGUAGUUUAACUUGCUCAACAUUCUUGCCUUUGGAGUAGAAGGAUGCCCUUUUUGGGAAAUCCAUGUUGGAAGGUUUUAACCAUAGGCUGGGGUUUAAUACUGAGUCAGUGGGGUCAUGGGAAAACCUCUCUUUCUCAUGUUAUCUGCAGAGCAUGUUUCAGUAUUUCCCUCAGGUGGGGUUACUCUAUUCCCUCUACCUGCUCCAUAAAAUAUGCAACUGGACAGGAACUCUUUGCUUUAGCAGAUAUAUAGAGAUGUAGAUAUAAAAAUCUUAAUUAUAUAUCAUUUGAAAUCAAUGUUAGAGUUCUUCUUGGUUUUUUUAAUAAAAUCAUUACAUGUUUGCUACUGUUGAAACUAGCGAUGGGCCUGACCAAACAAACUAAAAUUCGUUAAAAGUUUGGAUCCAUAUUCAGGCUUCAUUACGUAGUGCAUCUUGAGUUUAAAUUAGUUACUAAUCCACUAACCCAUAAAUCCCAAAUUUAAACUGUUACAGAAUCCCUGCUAGGGAUUUUAAUAGGCUGUAUUAUUUCCAGAUCUACCAUUGAGUUUAUGGGAAUUUAAGUUUUCCUUCUGCUUCUUUUCUGCAUUAGAAAUAUUGUAUUGUAUUAUUAUUUUUAUUGCCAUAGCACUUGGGAGCUCUAAUCAUGGAUCAGGACCCCACUGUGCUAGGUGCUGUACUUACACAGAACUAAAAACCAUAUCUGCCCUCAAGAGCUUACAAUAUAAGUGUGUAUAUAUAAGACAAGAGACAAAUGGGUAUAAAAAGACAAGGAAACAAUGAGAUGGUAUCUUAAUUUCACUGUUCUUGUGGAGUCCUUAAGGACUAGAGAACUGGCUUAGGAAUGUUCUCAGCUCACAGCUGACGGUGGAAGGGUACUGAAUCUUCCCAAAGCUUUUCUCCCAAGUGUUUGUCCAGAAUUUGAGGUAAAUGAGUGUGAACAAAAAUCCUGUCCCUCUCAGUUUGCUCAAGUUUCCAUCUCUUGUAAUGUCAUAAUCCUACUAGUUCUCCAUUCCCCAAAGGAAUUCUUCAGCAAUAUGAAAAAAUCAAGGGGUUAUAAUUCUCCUUUUAAAAACAAGGCCUUUUCUCUUUAGCAGUCACUUUUAAGAGUGGCCUAAUUUCCAAGAGACAUUUUAUAUUUAAUCAAGUUCUUAUUAUUCUGUUAAGGGGGUUAGGAAUUAUAAACUAACUUGAAAGCUGUCAAAGGGUUACAAGUUUUUUCUUUAAAACACUAAAGGCUAAAUCCUCACAUUAUCUGUGCAUCUUUUUUCAGAGAAGCCACUUAAAUGUAGUGUCAUCUUGGCUGCAAUAUACAGGUUAUGAUAUAUGGGAUCCUUCCAAACUGUGUGUGCUAAGUGUGUUCCAAGUUUAGGGUAAAUUUAUCUCUCAAAGGUCUUAGUCCAAAGUGUAACUAAUUCGGAUUCUGCUGUGCAGAGCCUAAUAUAAGUCAGGCCAAUCCCACUGAAAGGUUUAUUUCUACCCAUAGGUGAAGUGACUAAAGCAGCAGCUACAGCUUCCUCAGAUAUGGACAGAUAUACAGAAUACCCUGUUAUAUCACUUAACAUAAUGAAGUGUCCUUAAUCCAGAACAUUGCAGAAUGCAGAAAAGUGCAGAUAUUCACAUAUAUAAGAUAUAUAAAAUGCAAAUAUUAACAAGUGUCCAUGUUCACAGCAUGAAAUAUGAUCGUAAGACACAGCUUCUCUACACUGGCCUGCAGGGUGGACUAUGGAGGGGUGAAUUGCACAGCAAGCACACCAAAGAACUGCGCUCUAACUGCCCCCAUGUGGUGGCUGCUGGUGCAAACUAAAAGGUAGCUAAUUCAUGGUAAUAGAGUCCUGUUUGAAAGAGGUGCACUCUGCAGUCCACACUAUGGCACAGAGAAGACAUAGCCUUAGACAGUGGAUAUUUUGAGAAACAGAAAUAGACUAUCUUAUCUUAUGAUAUUUGACUAAAAAAGGCUUUUCAACCAAACAAAAUUUACACACACAAAUCAAUUUUCAACAUUUUUCAGGUUUUCAUCAAAAACAAAGAGUCUAAAUAUUUGGAUUAAAAUUAAACAAACUUCAUUUUCAUCAAAAAUAUUUGGGAGGGGGGAAUAAUUUCCCAACUAGCUCUGAUUAUCGGACCUUCCACCCAGAACCAGACCAAAUGUGUUCCAACCUGUCAGCUUACCCGGAGUAGUACAUUAGAAGUUCAGCCUCUUUCAUUCGGAUUAACAAAUCAUUUUAUAAUGCUACUCUUAUCAUUCAGUUACUCUUAAUUACCAUGGUGUAUCUUCACAGGUUCUAAAACUAGAAUGGGCCAUAAUGAUAAUCUAAUCUGAACUCCUACUUAACACAGGCCAUAGGACUUAAUUUCUGUUUGAACUAGAGC